UCACUUUUUUAUCUAUCACUUCCAUUUCUUUCGAACAGGGCUGUCGAAUGACACAAAUUUUGGCUGUGUUUCGUGAAUGGUCGUCACAGUUGAGUACUAAAUAUGCGGAGGCAGGUGAACGACUACGCAAAAUGAAUGAUCAACUCACUAUGAACCUCUCCUCCGACAAUUACACAACGCUGGCUGAUGCUGGAAAAUCGAGUGAGCAUGCAAUCGGUUCCGACAGUGAAGACCACGAAAUUUAUUUAGGUAAAUUUAAAAAUAAAGUUUUUGAUAAAUCACGUUUUAUAAUCGAAGAGCAUAUAACCAACGAUCCUGAUGUCAUCAAGGGGAGAAGAAAGGCUGUGCAG